GCAGAAAAUUGAAGAGAAGAAAGCGUUCAAUCUAAAAGUUGUCUAGAGAAUUUUGUACGUGGUGGACUAUCGGGGCACGGUCGACCGUUGACCGGGUCGGAUUUCCGCUCUGACACCAUCAUGUUACCGAUCCAGCAUGAGUGUGCCAGUUAUCGUACAAAUACUGAGAACCAGGUGGUCCAUCUGUCUCCUGCACUUUCCCCUUUUAUCUGCUCCUUCCCCUUUCGGCUUGUUAAUACUCAUCGGAUUGUUUCUGCUAGGAUACAACGCAAUUGAUUAGAGAUAACCAUUAGCAUCCUACUAUAGCGUUACCCAGAUUGAUCGUUCACUACAAAUAUCAUCAUCAUCAUCAUCAUCAUUAUCAUCAUCAUCAUCAUGGACGCAACAGCCACCAACCCCUCAUGUCUUCUGUAUGGCCCACUCGACGCCCGCUUCGAAGACCGGCCGAUCCCCACACUUAACAAUCCCCACGAUGUGAUUGUUCGCAUCGCCUAUACUGGCGUUUGCGGGAGCGAUGUCCACUUCUGGCUCCACGGGGGAAUCCGCACCUACGUAUCCCCAACCCAGCCGCUAACCAUGGGCCACGAAGCGUCAGGGACCAUCCACGCCGUCGGGUCCGCAGUCACGUCUCUCGUUCCCGGAGACAGAGUGGCAAUCGAACCCGGUUAUCCCUGUCGACACUGCAAUCAGUGCAAAUCCGGUCGGUACAACCUCUGUCCGGAGAUGAAGUUCGCUGCGGACCCGCCUGUCGUCCAUGGGACCCUUACCAAGUAUUUCAUGUUGCCUGCGGAUUUCUGCUACAAGAUCUCGGAUAAUGUGAGGUUGAGUGAAGCAGUUUUGCUAGAGCCACUGGCUGUGGGGAUUCAUGCGGUGAGGUUAGCUGAUGUGAAGCCCGGGCAGAGCGUCGUGGUGUUUGGGGCCGGGACUGUGGGGAUGCUUUGUGCGGCUGUGGCGAGGGAGUUUGGGGCGAGGGUUGUGGUGUCGGUGGAUAUUAUGAAGCAUAAGUUGGUUUUCUCGAGGGAUUUUGUGGGGAGGGAGGUUGCGAGGCAGAUUAUACCGGAUGGGAAGCUAAUUGUGGAGGAUAAUGCGGCGCGGAUUGUGAGAGAGAAUGAUCUUGGGGAUGGGGCAGAUGUUGUGAUUGAUGCGUCGGGGGCUGAGGCGUCGGUUCAGACAGCGAUUUUUGCUUUGAGAAAGGGAGGGACAUAUGUUCAAGCUGGGAUGGGGAAGCGCAAGAUUGAGUUCCCUAUCUCGGAGAUGUGUGAGAAGGAGGUUGUGGCGAAGGGGUGCUAUCGAUAUGGCCCGGGGGACUUUGAUUUGGGUAUCUCGUUUGUGGGUCGAGGGAGGUUGCAACUGGGGAGCUUGAUCUCGACGGUCUUUCCCUUUGAGAAGGCGACGGAGGCGUGGGAAGCGGCGAGGAGGGGUGAUGGCAUUAAGAUGUUGAUUGAGGGACCCAAGGAUGCUCGGUAGGCAGGGAUGGUCACCUGGUAGUCACCUGAUUUCUUUGGUGAUUUCUCUUCGGCGGGCUUUCCCUCUUCCUCUUCCUUAACAAUGUUCUCAUCGUCAUCGAAUUCUAUUGGGUCUCAAAGCUGUCGCUGAGCCCACGGUGCGAUAUUCUCGAUACUUCUUAGUCCCACUGUCCUGAUUAAUCCGAGUAGCUUGGAAAGAAUCGACACAGAUGGUCAAUCUUACACCGCGGAUUACAGGGUGCUCUAUAACCAGCUUGAUGGAGAAGCAGAGGUGGGGGGGCAGUUCUGCUUUUUCGGCGCCAUGCGGCUUGCGUUUAGCGCAGGCAGGAGGGCUGUCAGACACGUCAACCCAACAAGCCCCGCGAGCUGAACGCGUGCGUUUU